AUGGCUAGUCGUUGUCUAAUUCCUGCACAUUUUAUUGUCUUCUUCAUCGUAAGCCGUUUAAUGUCCAUUAUAGGGAAGUUAAGGCGAUCAAACAAUUCACUUGCUUCUGAAAUUCAUUCCCCAGUUAUCGGUUCUAAGCUUUGCUAUGAUCUUGAAGCCAUUGGACUUGCCUCGACCGACUAUGGUAAUAUUGUUCAAGAAAUUCCUUCCGCAGUUCUUUAUCCAACAUCCAUAGCCGAUAUUAUCGAGCUAAUCAAAUUCUCUAACAUAUGUCCACACCCGUUUAACGUGGCAGCACAAGGCCACGGACAUUCUGUGAGAGGACAGGCCAUGGCACAUAAGGGGGUAGUGGUGAAGAUGCCUUCUUUAAAGAAAUACUACGAAAAUGGGAAUGGAAUUAGGGUUUCUACAUCAGGAAAUUAUGCAGAUGUUGGAGGUGAACAGCUUUGGAUUGAUGUACUGAAUACCACACUAGAACAUGGCCUUGCACCUGUUUCGUGGACUGACUACUUGUACCUAACUGUUGGGGGUACACUUUCUAAUGCUGGAAUCAGUGGACAAACCUUCCUCUAUGGUCCUCAGAUUAGCAAUGUUCUUGAAAUGGAUGUUAUUACGGACCCUCACUUAAGCAUAAAGGUGGACCUGUUUCAUAAGGGAAUCUUAGAUAUAAGGUCCAAAAACUAG